CUGCUGCUGCCACUGUUGCUGCUCUUGGCACCGCUGUUGACGUCUUUCUGCCGUGGUCUACCAAUUGUUUAUAGGUGUCAGGAGCUUCUGUCUGUGUCUUUGUGCCCGUGUCUGUGUUCUCCUUGCUUGUGUGUGUGUCUUUGUCGUGUCUAUCUUUCGCUGUGCGCGCGUCUGUCUCUGCUUUCUUUGCGUCUGUUCGUCUCUUGCUCUCUGUUUUCGCUCAGUUUCUCCGUAUCUCGUAAAGAAUCCUAAAUCUCCCAGUCUCUAAACAUGUCCAGGCGGAAGCAGCGAAACCCACGUCAAAUCAAACGCUCUUGUCGUUCAGCUGGCGAGGAAGACGACGCAAAGACCAGCGCCCCUGGGUCGCCCGUGGCCGACAGCCAGGCAGGGGUGGAGAAUUCUGGGGAUGAGAGCCCAGACGAAGAGGCAACUGGUCCUCCAGCGACGAACAAAGAUGGUGACAAGGAAGAAGCGAGAAGUGAAGCAGCGGCGGCACCGUUUGUCACAACUGACCUCGCGCCUUCAUGGGGAGGACCUGGCGAGCUGGAGAUGGGGGAGUUGGACUCAGAGAGGCGAGGGGUGAGAACCCGCAUCGCCCUGCAGGCCGGGGUCACGUGGGGCCCCUACCCACGCCGCUCCGCCAGGGGCCCACCCAGCCCUGGGUCUCCGCACAGCGGCAUGGAGGGCUCCGCAUUGCUGGGGCAGAUGACGGAAACAGGCUGCUGGCUGGCUCACCUGCCCUGCUACGGAACAGAGGAAGGCAGCAACUGCGUCAUCUACAGCAACGGAGACGGCGUGUGGUGCACCAUCACGUGCUCGGUGCCGGCAGGCGAGGAGCUGGUGGCCUGCGUGGUGUCGGACCCCAGCUGCCCUUCACACCUCCCACUGCCCCCGAGCCUGGCACUGCUGCCCCAGCUGGGAGCGCCUGCCCCACGCCACCCACUCCUGGGGUGUCUAAGUCUGCUGCCCCCCAGGCCUCCUGAGCUCGGAGUCAUCGUUCCGCCCUCGCCCAUCAACCGGAGCGUGUUUCCAUGUACAGCGUGUGGGAUCUGGUAUCGAAGUGAGCGGAACCUUCAAGCGCACCUACAGUUCUAUUGCGCCGGGCGACUUCCAGAUGGAACUCCUUCGCCCGGAGGACCUGAAAGAGAAUCGUACUCGGCCUGCGGCCCAGCUCACCCAGGGAGCGAGGAAGCCACCAAGCCGAGUGGCGGGUUCAUGGGCGCUGGCGAGACGCACCAGCCGAGACCCAGGAGCGGUUCCUCCCCUCUGCCCUUUGGCCCAGGUAACAAGCCCAGCAGUCCUUUUGGGCCUCCGUCCGAAAUCAGCUUCGGUGCCUGCAGCUGCAUGGGAGAAGAUCGUACAUCGCAUUGCAGCCGCCACCUGUGCUCACCCGAGCAGCCGGGCGCGUUUCAGCACCACGGACAGCAGCAGCAUCAGCAGCAGCAGAACGAUCCUCAACAGAGCAGCAGCGAGCAGACGCUUGGCGUGGCCGGGCAGUCCAGCUCUCCGCAGAGUCACAGAUCCCGGCACCGCAAGCCACGCCACGGGUCGGAUGAACGAGCGGGCAGCGUCGAGGCUGACGCCCCGAACGCCGUCGAGCGGGAGAAGUGCGUCUUGGUGGACGCGGCCGCCUCCAUGUUUCAGCAGCUUAGCGAGCCGUACCGCGGCGGCGAGAGCAGAGCGACGCCGCGCCCUGCAGCUUCGGCCGAUGUCAGCGGCAAACAUCAGCAGCAGCACGAACUCGCGGGAGACGGCUUCGAUAGGAACAGGAGCCCGAGGGACUAUCUCGCAGAUGACAAGGACGCCGGCAACAACAGUGGUGCGGGCUCCAUGGAGGACUGCGGCAAUAUGUCGCCACUUCUGGGCAACGGUCGCGUGCAAGGGGAAGGCGAGGUGCACGGGGCUUCUCCGCCAAACAAAAUCGGUCACCACGCGGACUUCAAGUCGGAGCCACUAAGUCCACGCCCAGCCACGUCGCCGAUGCAGUAUGGCAUCGGUCCCAGCCUGCUGGUGGGGUCGCCCUUCCCAAAGUACCUCCUACCGCAGGAAUUUUCCGGCACGGCGCAGGCGUCGGAGAUCCUGGCCAAGAUGUCGGAGCUGGUCCACCGAAGGGUUCACCAGCAGCAGCAACAGCAGCAGCAGGAUGUGCAUGGAUUUCCGCCACAUGGACCUCCGUUCUUCUGUGGCCCUGUGCUCCCCAAAGGCACCACCUGCUUCGAGUGCAACAUCACCUUCAAUGGCCUGGAGAACUACCUGGUGCACAAGAAGUACUACUGCACGAGCCGGCGGAUGGGCGCGCACAAGCACCUCGCAGAGUUCAUCAACGUCGCCCAACGGCACAAAUCGGAGGCCAAGGGCUCGCUCUUCUACAAGGACCCGCUCAAGGGACUUCCGCAGGGCGGUGAGGGCAGCCUGCUCAAGUCGACGCUCAUCCACCCGGAGCCGGCACUCGAGAUGAUGGCCAGGAGGCCCUUGGCGUCUCCCAAAAUGAGCAACUCCAACGUGGAGGCGUCCGCGAUGGAGACGGCGCUUGCAACGGCAGCGAACGGCGAGAGAGGUGGUGGCAGUGGCGGCGGUGGCAGUGGUGGUGGCGGCGGUGGUGGAAGUACCAGCAGCGGCACUGCUGGUGGCGGUGCCAGCGCUACCGACGGGAAGAGUACCCCGGUUCCGCUGCUCGGCGGCGAAUUAAAGAAGAACACGUGCGAGGCAUGCAACAUCACGUUCAGCAAACAGGAGACGUUCAUGGUGCACAAGCAGUACUACUGCGCCACGCGGCACGAGCCGCUGCAGAAGCGAGCGGCGCUGGCCAGCAAGCUGCCCGCUCUCCCGCAGGGCGGCCGCACACGGAGGCGCAGGAAGCUCUACGAAAUGCGCUCUUCAUCCUCCUCCUCCUCCUCCGAGCAUCAGCAGCAGCAGCAGCAUCAUCAGCAGCAGCAGCGUCUCAACAGCGGUGGGCCCGGCUCUCAUCAGGGCUUCUCCGCGAUGAGCGCCGUCAAUGGGAUGUCGAUCAUGGGCGUGCACCCAAAGUCCAAGGUGGUGCCGCCGUUCCCUUACCCGUUCGAGCAGGCUCUUUACAACCCCCUGCUGAAGCCUCCGCAGUUCCUCCUGGCAGCUAAGUAUCACCACCACAACAGCAACAGCAGCAGCGGCGGUAACAACAUCAGCAGCAGCAAUGGCUUCGUAGAUUCGUCGGGGAGCCCCGGACCGGACGGUCCAAUUGACCUGAGCAAGAAACUGAAUGGUCCUGAGCAGAAGAAGCAAUGCCUGCAGGACAGGUUCCAGGACUACCACGAGUGUGCCUCCUGCAAGAUCAGCUUCACCGAGGUGGAGGGCUACAUCGUGCACAAGCAGUUCCAUUGCCCCGCGGCCGCACGCUGCCCCGACUUUGUGGAGGCACCGUCUCGGAGGCGAGAGUCGAGGUACGGAAGCGGAGGCCGGCACGCAAAACUGGGGGAGCCGUCGAAGAGGGACUCGGCUGGAUCAAGCUACUCUGACGGUAAGGAUCAGUGCAUUUCAAUGAACGGCGACGCAGGCAACCACAAGUCCAUGCCACCCGUCGCCAAGGUGUCUUGCCUCUACUGCUCGGAGGUGUUCCACGAUGCCACUCGGCUCUUCGUCCACGUGCAAACGCUGCACGAACACCACAAGCAGUUCCUCCCGUACGGGGGAGCCAUCCGGGAGAACAUGUUCGACAUCCUGAAGGUGCAGCAGGGCUUUAAGAGCGACACGCCACCCGGGGAGUUUGCGGCCAAAGCCGAUGUUCAGCAGGUGCCUCUGCAGCCUAGCGGCCCUCUGCCUUUCCUGCCUCCGUCCCCCUCGGCAAAAGCGGAGGGUCCCGCAGAAGGGAGGGAUUCCACUUCUGCUAAGCGGGAGAGUCCCGGCAAUUCCUUCGGGGUCGUGUCUUCAACGUCGCCGGCGGACGCCCGCACGGCCGCGUCGCCAUCGUCCACCGAUAAUCCGGAGAGAGAUGGGGGAGCGUGCCCUUCAUCUGGCUCACCUGGUGCUCCUCCCCCUCCUCCUCCUCCUCCUCCGCCAGAGAAGGUGGAUUCUGAGCCACCGCAAUCCGCCGUGAAAGGCGUUUCGGCCGCCGCCAAUGGCAACGGCAAAUACUGCCGCCUGUGCGACAUCCACUUCAGCAACUUGUCCACGUUUAUUGCCCACAAGAAGUUCUACUGCGCUUCUCACGCAGCCGAGCAUGUCAAAUGAACCGUCAACGUCUUUGGCCGAUGCCUACGUCGCUACACGGGGACCACGUUGCCAUUGCAGGUCAAGAGUUCGACAGCCAGAGAGACAGACAUUCACAGACAGAUGGACAGAGCACCGUACACCACCUUGAAAAAAAAAGCAGUGUUUUUGAAUUAUUAGUUUUGCUUCGUCUUGUAAAUAUCAAGAUCUGUCAGUCGUUGAUGAUCAGGGCACUCACAGGUUUAUUUUUUCUGGUACUCUGAUGCCCAAUUGUGCCAUCCACUUGCCCGUCUGCAUGGAACUUUGACUGCGCCGCCUUCACGCAAAUUAAAUUAUCGGUGUCGUCAAUUUUGUUAUGUGCCGACCGCCAUUAGAGGUGGUGAAUUGUGCAAGCAUCCGAUGAUUUUUUUUUGUAAGCGGGUAAAAUCACUCUAUAUAUCCGUGUAUAUAGUACAUAUGUGUAUGUAUAUGUGUGUGUGUGUGUAGCAAAUGUGGGGAGCGACAGGGCACUGGUUCGUGCACCCCGCUGUAAUUCCAGUGGCCUGGCUUUCCCCAGCCAUGGAUAACAUCAGUAGGGAUGUGGCAUCUGAACCUGUUUUGGGUCUCCCAUAGGUUGACUCAGCCUUAAAUGAGUACCUUGGUGCGGAAUGUUGCACUGCGGAGACAAAGGCAAGCCAGGCAUGGUGCUGGCCACACCACCUGCUUGUUUGCCAUACCAGCCUUAAUAGGUUCUCGCUAACAGCACUAACCCUUGCAGUCUAUAUGGCUAAAUUGAAGGCGUUUUCUCUCUCUACUUUUUUUGCAUUGUGCAUAUAUUUGCAUUCAUAUAUAUGUGCUCGUAUAUAUGUAAAUGUAGGAUGCUGUAAUGCAUUCCAUGAGGUUUAAAUAAUGUCCACGAGACGCUAGCCCUGCCCGCG